AUGUCUGGUCAUAUUUCGUCAGAGCACUCUCGCUCGAAUUCACAAUCCUCUCAAUCCCCUCGAAACUCCCAGGAAGACUCGACGCCUCGCCACUCCUUCGGUCGCACAUCCGCUUCCAAUCCCAAUGUCUUUGCCGACGAAUACGCAUUAGAACCGAUUGACUCGGAUCGCAUCGAACGCCCCCACAGUCCUUCCUCCAUCGCAUCCUCCGCUACCCUUCGUGAAAACACUCAUUCCAAGACCAUCAGCACGGCCACAACCGAGAACGAGAACCCUUUUGGUGAUGACGCACGGGUGUCCUUCGAUGAACCUCAUCGGUCAAGUCUGCCUCCGAAGGGAUACGGCGGAUUUGCCGACAAUCGUAACUCAACCUCAUCCACUAAUUCGACCCCUUCCACGGUUCAGCGAAACCAAAGCGUCUCUUCUCGUUUCUCGAUUCCGCGCGCUCUCAGUCCUUACACCGGAGCCACCGGGCCCAGCCAUCCAUAUGCUAUGUAUCCACAAGUUGGUGUCAGCCGGACACCUAGCGUAGGUAGUACUUCGACGAUACGCCCCGUGGAACGCCCGAUCGAAGAUUCGACUGGUCCGCAGCACCCUUACGCGAUGUAUUCGCAGAAUGUGGUGGAGGAAGGAAUGGACGAUGAUAUUAUUCCGGUUGGAUUUCCAGGUCAUAACCCACCAUAUCAGCCGCCCGCUGGUCGCCAGGCUGAUGACGUGGGUGAUAUUAUUGGACCAGAUGGUCACACAGAGCCGCUACCGCCUUAUUCACGUUACCCAGCUGGUGUCGUCCCAAAGCCCCCCACGCCCGAGACGAUGGCCGAUCUUAACCCUCCACCGGAGGAACCUCGUCCUACCGUCCCACCGGAGGAACAACGUCUCAACACGGAGAGUCCAAGAGCGGUACCGGUAUCAGAAACAUCUUCAAGGCCUUUAGUGCCUGAAUACUCGGGCGAUGGAGACAAUCAUGAAAACGAGGAGCAAAGAGCAGUUCCAGCCACGGGCAUCAUGGCGUUUGAAGAGAAGCUCAAACGCAAAGGAAAAAAGACCGCAUGCUGUGGUCUACCAGUAUGGACACUCGUCCUCAUCGCAACGGUGAUGCUCAUUGGAGGAUGUAUUGGAGGUGUCAUUGGUGGUGUAUUGGGGACUAAGAAAGCUGCAGAAUCCGCCAAGGCAGACGACGAAGCUAAAAAGUCCCAUGGCCCACCAAUCGUAACCGUCACUGCAACUCCCCAGAUGGAUGCGUCCUUGAUUUCCACCCCCACAAACAUUAAGAGUAUUCCUACCGGUCACUACAUGGUUCCUUCGGGUUAUCAGAAUGGAUCGGGACUUUGCGUCGAGGAAUCGAAUUACGGAAAAGCUUGGAAAUGUAUGCAAACACCGGGCGAUUUCGAAGUUUACAUCGGGGAAACCAAAGGUCACCAUUCCAUCGUUUUCGAUUACGGUAGUCCAAGUCCAACGUUCACAUAUGGCGCCCAGGCACCAUAUUGGUCUGCGGAGCCCACGCAAGCACUACGCAUGGCCAUUGACACCACUGAUGUUGGCAUGGGUCCUGCUUUGUUCUUCCUGUCACCGUUCGACAAAUUGGUCAUUGUUCCCGAAGACACCUUCUCUAGCUCUCUUUCAAAGCGCUCAUGGGUGGAAGACGCGUGGGCGCAGGCAGAUACCUACAAAACUCUCAAACAGACUGCCGAAGUCGGUGACAAGCCGUGGUUCUGUUGGUGGAAUAACACAAUGAUGGAGUUCUUCAUGUAUGUCAAUCAGUCGACGUCGUAUUCUGCGAGCUCCACUGCUUCUCUUGACAGCCAUAUGGCAGCAAGCACGGCUGGCUUGAGUGAUAAUUCCAAACGCGACCCCGCCACCGUGGAGUACCCACGCAGGAUCAAAAUGGAAGAGCGCCGAGACGACCCAUCACGCGAACCGCCUUACUGCCAGCAAAUGCAAAUUCGCAGUAAUGGCGGCCUCGCGCUUCUUUCGGGCCAGAUUAUCAACAUCAAGGAGAAUGAACCCACGCCGACGACCACCUACACCAACUAUAAUGGCGGUACGGCUCAGACAUUCACUGCUCAGGCAUCCUACUCCAGCUCAUGUUACUGUGUGUCAUUGACUGACUAG